AUGGAACAAGGCAUUGGUGAUGUUGAUGGUGAUGAAGGAACAUCAUCAUUAACACUGCUGCCACCACCUAAGCUCCCUCGAUAUUCCGAGGUCGGUGCUGGAGUGUUUGAUUAUUUAAAUGAUCGCCUGGAGGAACAUGAAAGCUCAGACGCAAUCGUGUAUGCUUCACUGAGUACUCCUUCGUCAGAUGCGCAAUUAAAUGCAUCUCCUUUGCGCACUAUCGCAGCAGCGACGGCCGCUAAGUUGGUUGAAAAGUUGACGCAUCAGUAUGGCAUUGAUGCAGGGUUUAUGAGUGAUUUCUUUCUGACAUAUCGAUUGUUCAUGCCUCCUGCACAGCUAUGCGAUUAUCUCAUUCAGCGUUAUUUAUGGGCUCUGGAAGGAAAUACAGAAGUGCGCUUUGUCGCUCGAGCACGGACGUUAGCCGUCUUUCGACACUGGGUGGACAACCAUUUUGCAGAUGACUUUUUGACCUCAAAGCUACUACGCUUCAAAUUGGCAUCGUUUCUUAAUGGGAUGCGCUCUCACCCAAAAGUUGAGGCCUCUGUUGAGGACUCGAAGACCAUUCAGAGCCUCAUUGAGUUUUUUAAGAGACGACGACAGUAUCACAAAGGUCUUGUAAAACAAAGCCUCAUGAUUGAACAAGGGCAGCAUUCCGUGCAGCCACAACAGCAACGAGAAGACCAGGAGUGCUGUAUUGGGCCAAUGGACCCAGCACCAACAGUAAUCCAACCAGUUAAUCCUACACGCGGUAUAAUGUUUUAUGAAAGCGACUCAAAAGCUGCUGAGGUUGAACAGCUGAAAAUCUCGAGUGCACAGAUCCCCGCACCUACCGAACAAGCGCUGGACAGGCCUGUUUCAGCAAGCGAUGAGGCUCCAAUGGCGAGCGAGGAUGCACCGACCAAAGGACGCCAUAGAGCUACCACCCUUGCAGGCACUAGUUCCGAGUCCAUGUUCAAUGAAAGAAAUAGCCUUCCUUCGAGCUUUAGGUCAAUAUUUUCAAAAGAGCCUCGGUCUUGGGCCAUGUCGAGAAGGAUGAGUGAAGGUGAAGCCAUUAUUGUACCGAGAGGAAGGCGAGCAUCCGCACCAUCAGUGAAAACUGGAAAAAGUAGCAGUACUUGGUCGACCAAGAUGACCAUGAGUAUCAGCAAGCUCCGUCAGAAGAGUGAAGACAUCUACCAGCAGAUUGUUAACCCAACAAUUUUCCCAGGAAGCAAAGUUUUGGUAGCAGAGGGUAAGAAAUGUGUAUGCUGGGGACCAGUUUAUACAGGAAUUACAGAUUAUUGCUUACCCAUUACUACACGCAAUCAUCC